UCCACGUCGCCAUGGGACUACAACGCCAAACUUUUCUGUUGCAAUUUAAACCUGUUUUUUUCCACGGUGCUUCUACUACCACUUGAGCAACCGUGUUGCUAACCAACGUGUAUAGCAUACGGUUACUUUUAAACAAAACGACGUGAUAAUUAUUUUUUUUUAACCGAGAUGAAUAGGACUCAGGGUAAUAUUGCACAGGAUCCGUCCGAGACCAAGCGGUUCACUGUUGAGGGGUGUCCCAGCGCAGAGUCAUCCUUCAAACGCGAUUGGAGUCCGCGGAAGAGGCUCCAUUCGGCGGAGGACGCAAGGUGCGCCAGCCGACCUCCUCCCGAAGGCGCAGGCUCCGUGAGCGUCUCCGAAUCGGAUAGAGACGACAUUAAGGCAGACUUGUGCAAGCAAUGUCAGUUGAUCGUAGCUGAGCUGAAGAAGCAAGCCCUCGCGCUGAUUGACCCAGCUUCGCUGAAGGAUCCUGGUUUCGCCUCCUUCCUCUUUGACCAGCUGCAGGUGCUGGAGUUGGUGGCACAGGGCGGUCACGAGAGUGCUCGGUGCCAGGCGUGUGCCACUCCUGUCCAGCAGCUGAGGCAGCAGGCAGUGCAGGAGCUGUGUCCAGGUGCAGACAUCCCUGGUCACUCCACUGCGGUCUCCGCCCACAGCAGGCUCACGCUCUCUCGCAGAGGCCCCGCCGCCGGGAUCCCACACCCCGCCCACAGCCUGCUGCCUGGUGUGGAGCAGGGGCGGGACCUGGCGUGGACAACCUGCACAAAGCCUGCUGUGCAGGUGGGGGUUGGCGGAGGACCCCUGACCGGACCGCUUGGCUCUGUCACCAUCCAGGCCCAGCAGUACCUGGAGGGCAUGUGGAGCAUCUCCCGAGUCAGCAACUUCCUGCCUCAGCCCAGCCUGAUUCAGGCCCCCGUGGGCAGAGCUGGACAGACCGGUCCACCCUCAGACUCCGCCUCUGCUACCGGUGGCGUAUCUCUCCCUACGUACAGACGGAGGAGCCCAGAAGCACCCCUGCCCUCCAACCAGCCAGCCUGCGUUGCUGCCUCCUUCUUCCUCAGGGCUGCACAGAAGCUGAACCUCUCAGCGAAGCGGAAGAAGCCCCAGACGCCCAUGCUGCAAUCGCCAGAGCCCUCCAUCUACCCCACCAACUUCAGCAGUGUCCUCCAGCUCUUGCCUCCACCUGCACCACCAUGCCUGCUCAGAGCCAGCUCAAAGACCAAGGAAAACCCUGGUAUUGGCAAGGUAAAGGUGAUGGUACGGAUAUGUCCUUCUCCGGGGGUGCAGGAUUCAUCAGAGUCCUUCUUAAAGGUGGAUCAGCGAAAAAAGCAGCUGACACUGUUCGAGCCGCCGCCCCUGAGUCCGCUGAACUCCGCCCACCGCCGCGCACCACUCGCCGCCCCAAAGAUGUUCGCCUUUGAUGCUGUGUUCACCCAAGAUGCCUCACAAGCUGAAGUGUGCUCAGGGACCGUGGCUGAGGUGAUCCAGUCCGUGGUGAAUGGAGCUGAUGGCUGUGUCUUCUGCUUUGGCCAUGUGAAGCUUGGCAAGACGUACACCAUGAUUGGCAGAGAUAGCUCAGCUCAGAGCCUUGGCAUUGCGCCCUGUGCUAUCUCUUGGCUCUUCAAGCUAAUCAGUGAGCGGCGGGAGAAGACUGGCGCGCGCUUCUCCGUGAGAGUCUCCGCCGUGGAGAUCUACGGCAAAGACGAGAGGUUGCAGGACCUGCUCUCAGACGUCUCCACGGGCAGCCUGCAGGACGGCCAGUCCCCCGGCGUCUACCUGCGCGAGGAUCCCAUCUGUGGCACCCAGCUCCAGAAUCAGUGUGAGUUGCGGGCCCCGACAGCAGAAAAGGCAGCUCUGUUCCUGGAUGCCGCAAUCGCUGCUCGUAGCACCAGCCAUCCGCACGCAGACGAGGACCACCGCCGCAACUCCCACAUGCUCUUCACCCUGCACAUCUACCAGUACCGCAUGGAGAAGAGUGGCAAGGGAGGAAUGUCUGGUGGUAGGAGCAGACUGCACCUCAUAGACCUGGGCAGCUGUGAGAAAGUGCUUAGUAAGAGUCGAGACGGGGGCAGUGGUAUGUGCUUGUCUCUCACUGCCUUAGGGAACGUCAUCCUCGCUUUAGCCAACGGAGCCAAGCACGUCCCCUACAGGGAUAGUAAGCUUACAAUGCUUCUACGUGAUUCCCUGGGGAACAUCAACUGCCGGACGACGAUGAUCGCCCACGUCUCUGACUCUCCUGUUCACUAUGCUGAUUCACUCACCACAGUGCAGCUUGCCUCACGAAUCCACCGCGUGAGGAAGAAGAAGUCCAAGUAUGCAUCAAGUUCCUCUGGAGGAGAGAGCUCAUGUGAUGAGGGAAGGAUUCGCCGGCCGCCACAUUUAAGACCUUUCCAUCCACGGACUGUGGCCCUGGACCCAGACCUGCCCUCACUGCUCAGUGAUCCAGACUAUUCCUCCAGUAGCGAGCAUUCCUGUGACACUGUCAUUUAUGUUGGCCCUGGUGGUGCUGCAAUCUCUGAUCGAGAGCUCAGUGAUAACGAGGGUCCUCCAGCCUUUGUUCCCAUUAUCCCUUCCCUGAACAGAAAGCAGCGCAGUAAGGACGGACCAGCUGAUCGUGACCACUUCAAAUGCAACACCUUUGCCGAGCUUCAGGAGCGACUGGAAUGUAUUGAUGGCAGUGAAGAACCAACAGCUUUUGUUGGGGAAGCCAGAAGUCAAGCAAGUCCUAAGAUGGAUGUUAGUGCAACAAGACCAAAGGAAGGGUCUGUGCCUCUUUCAGCUUCUCCCAAGCCUCUUACAAAAACAUCCUCUUCUCACCAGGACAGUAUAUUAUCCAAACAGCCCAUUUCUGCUGCCGGUAAACUUCCCAGCAGCCCCAAACACAAGUCCAAAUCUGAACAUUCCAAAUGGCACGGUGCCACCACAUCAGAGCGAGACAUAUCGGAGACUAUGUGCUGUUCAGUGGCUGAUAGUGAAAAGGUUCUGGUAUCAGACAACUUGGUUUCAUGCUCCCCAGGGAGACAAGAUAAACCCACAGGAUCUCAAAACUCAGACCCAGUGGUAAGAGAAAAAGUAUUUUUAAACAGGAAAACACAUUUACCCAAACCUGCUCCGCCACCCCCACAACAAAUGGUCACUAUAAGAUCUAAUGGGGAAGCAGAAGAAAAGUCAGCCACCAGGAUACCCCCCAUUGGAAUGAGCCAUCAGAAACAGAGUAGUUCAAGUGGCAACUCUCCUGUUUUGAGCAGGGUCCAUCACCUAAAUACCAGGACCCCACUUGAGGUGUGCCAGCUAAGAUCUACCCUUAGGGAACGGUGCAUGGACAGGGAUAUCUUGAGAACUACAGUAACCCUUCAGCAACCAGUAGAACUAAAUGGAGAGGAUGAGCUGGUGUUUACCCUUGUAGAAGAAUUAUCUAUUGGAAAUAUUGUGAACAAUGGGAGACCUUCCAGUAUCAUAAGCUUCAACAGUGAUUGCUCUGUACAGGCGCUUGCUUCAGGAUCUAGACCAGUAAGCAUCAUCAGCAGCAUCAAUGAUGAGUUUGAUGCAUAUACAUCCAGCAUGGACACCUCUGGAGUAAAUGCUGAAAUGGUACCACCAUUGCAGAUGGAAACCUUUUCGUCCUUGGACAGUCAUGGUUCAUCCAUCAGUUCAUGGCUUAGUGAAGUGAGUGUCUGCACUUCAGGUAGUGAGAAGGCCCAGUGUGCAGAUGUCUUUCUUGCUAAUGGUACACAUAUUGGGCCAGAACGUGCAUUCUACCUGGACUCCCUUGGCAUUUUCCAAAGCUGCUCUCAGAAGGAGCCCAAAAACUCCUUGAAUGAUAGUGGCUGUAGCUUCUCAGAAAUGGAUAGUGACAGUGCCACUUCAAGUAAACUCUCCCUUAGUAAAUGCUCAUCAUCCCCAGAGUCCACAAAAGCAUCUGUCAGAAAUUCCCCAAAAGUUGUAAAAUCAAGUCAAGUUAAUUCAUCUCCAACCCAGACCUUGCUAGACCCUUGCAGUGUUCAAUGUAGUCUUCCCAAGAAAGUGAAACCUACCUCAUACACAGUGGAGAGUAGCAGCAUAAGUGAGAGCAACAACAAUAGCAGGUGGAGACGUGAACCACAGAGGCUGGAGGGCAAGCCAGAUGACCCAUGGCAACGGAUGCAGAAUGUGUCGGAGACAUCCGCGCUGUUGAAUUUAGGUCCAUCUUCCAAACUAUUAAAAAAUGGAUUGAGUGGCAUUCCCUCUAGAAGAACAGGCACAAACUGCAACAGCGUACCUCGAAUACCCAAAAUACAGGGAUCUAAUUCAUCCCAAAGGGUGGUAGAUGGAUGUGAAAAAUCCAGUAGCAGCAAAAAGAUGGAGACCCCCAGUAAAGUACCCCAGCUCAAAAGAGGUGCAACGACACUUGGAACAGUUCCGGUCAUUCAUACAUCCAUUGAUAUCAAGGUUGGUCUUGGCCUUGGGUCAUCAACAGGUAGUUUAAAGGUCUCAUCUUUAGAAAAGAAUGGGAAAGUUAUUAGACAGGAUGUUAGUAUGCUACCAAAGCCAGGUGGUGCAUCACCUCCUCCACCUCCCGUGCGUAAAUCCAGUCUGGAUCAGAAAAAUCGAGUUCUGCUACCCCCAAGUGCCUUAGGAAAGUCCUUGGCUCCCAGCCCUGCCAAGUCGGAGAAUGAAUAUGAUCUCCGGUACAGAGGAGAUUUCCACAGUCUAAAAGCAUCUGGUUUAAAGUCAGACCAAUGUUUACUAAAAGCAACCUCCAGUCUUAAGGCCAGAGGAGCAAGAGGGGAUACUGGACAACUGUAUGGAAGCCAGAUGUCCCUUGAAAGGUGUGACAGUUUGACAUCUUUGGGAUCUAAACCUGUGCUCAGUCGAGAGAACAGUGGAGCCAGUCUUAAUGGAAAAUCAAGCAGGUCUGUUACCAAAUUUGGAUCACCUGUUGCCACUUCUUCCCCAGUCAAUGCCUCUUCACCUCCUAGUGUUAAUACAGUCAACAUGGGAAAAAAUGGGCAGGUCAAAAGCAGCCUUAACGCAAGACCAGUGCCUAUAAAUGGAAACAAAGCUCGCACACUAUCUGCAAGCAAUUCCAAAUCUCUAAGCUCCUCAACCAAGUCUCUCACAGCAUCCACAACAAGGAAUGCCAACCUUCCACCUUCAGGGAAGAGUGCAUUAGCUCAUUCAUCACCAGGCGGCAAUGGCAAAGCCACAAGAGGAACAGUUAUGGGUACUAAGCAAGCAAUGCGAGCAGCUAAUAGUCGUGUUACUGAGCUGGUAUCAGGAAGCCCUCCUGGGAAACAUCUGAGGGGAUCUGUUGAUUCAGACAGUGGUAAUGACAGUGGGGUGAACCUCAGUGAAGACAAGCCCACACCAAUCCCCAUUCUGCCCUCUCCUUACAGCAAGAUUACUGCCCCAAGGCGGCCGCAGAGAUACAGCAGUGGGCACGGUAGUGACAACAGCAGCGUCCUGAGUGGGGAGCUGCCUCCUGCCAUGGGGCGAACUGCACUAUUCUACCACAGUGGUGGAAGUAGUGGAUAUGAGAGUAUGAUUCGGGACAGUGAGGCCACUGGAAGUGCCUCGUCGGCUCAUGAUUCUAUGAGUGAGAGUGGGGUGUCUUCUUCAGGGCGUACUAGGACCUCCAAACCACCCAAAAAGAGGUCAAAUGGACUUCAGAGGCGGCGUCUCAUCCCUGCUCCCUUGCCUGACACCUCAUCCUUAGGGAAGAAGGCAGGAGCUACGGGCCAGUGGGUGGACCUGCCUCCGAUGACUGGCCCGCUGAAAGAGCCUUUUGAGAUCAAAGUGUAUGAGAUUGAUGAUGUGGAACGGUUACAGCGCCGGAGACAAGAGGAGGCAGUAGAGGGACUGGUAUUUUUUAACUCGAAGCUGAAGGUUGCAGAGCGACGACAGCAACAGAUCAGAGAACUCCGAGUGAAACACGAGACUCUGAAGGAGGAACUAGAAGACACCAAGACCAGAUUGAUGAUGGACCCCAGCAAGUGGACAGGAGAGUUUGAGGUGGACCAGGAUUUGGACCAGGAAUCCCAGGAGUACCUGGAGGCACUAGAGCAGGCCACAGGAGAAUUGGAAUGCUGUGUCAACCUGUGCAAGUCACGUGUUAUGAUGGUGACUUGCUUUGACAUCAGAGUAGCAUCGGAGACUGAAGAAGGACUGCGAGAGGUGGAGGUUUGAAAAAAGGAUGGGUUUGA